UCACAGAAAGCGGAUUGUACAAGGCGGCUUCCUGUACCUUUAUUCCCAGGCGUUGAGGAUUGUAUUUGUUUACAAUCAGUAUGAUUCGGAUUGGGGGAUCGCUUUUUCUUAAACAUAUUAUAAUUCUAAAUAGAAGACAUUGCUGCAAAACAGCUGCGUUAAAUGUGAGCUUUAGCACCAAGAGAAAUACUGGUGAUGGUGAAGACAACACUAACGCGAGGAGGUUUACGCUGUUAUCCCAGUUUAGGAGCUUCUGCUCUAAAUCCGAGGAACCUGCGGACCACGAAAGUAUACAGAAGACCACGACGGAUGUGAAUAGUACAAAUACUGCGGUUAGUUCUCCCAAGGACGACAAGAAAAGCAAACAAGGGCUUCUACCAAGUUUGGAAGAUCUGCUCUUCUACACAAUUGCUGAAGGACAAGAAAAAAUACCAGUACAUAAAUUUAUCACUGCAUUAAAAUCUACUGGUCUUCGCACCUCCGAUCCAAGGCUUAAAGAAUGCAUGGACAUGUUGAGACUUUCCCUACAAACUUCAUCUGAUGGCGUAAUGUUAGACAAAGAACUCUUUAAAAAGUGUGUUCAGAGUAACAUUGUGCUACUAACACAAGCAUUUCGAAGAAAAUUUGUCAUACCUGAUUUUAUGUCCUUUACAUCACACAUCGAUGAACUGUUCGAAAGCGCUAAGAAAUUAUCAGGUGGAAAGGUUGCUGAUUACAUUCCUCAACUGUCUAAAUUUAGUCCUGACCUGUGGGGUGUUUCGCUUUGUACAGUAGAUGGUCAAAGACAUUCGGUUGGUGAUACCAAAGUCCCAUUUUGCUUACAGUCAUGCGUCAAGCCUCUGAAGUAUGCAAUUUCCGUUAAUGAUCUUAGCACAGAGUAUGUGCAUAGAUAUGUCGGAAAGGAACCUAGUGGCUUAAGGUUCAAUAAGCUGUUUUUGAAUGAAGAUGAAAAACCACACAACCCAAUGGUGAAUGCUGGUGCAAUUGUUGUCACUUCUUUAAUAAAGGAAAGGUCAAUCAUGUCAGCGGUGUGGAAAUAUUUCACAAUUUCGGAAAAAGACAUAAAAUUUGCAAUCUGCAAUAUUUGUUCAGCAGAAAUUUCAAAAGGAGGUGCAGUGGCAAGGCACUUUUCCACAACCGGAUUGAUAUAUCAUCUGAAAGCACGUCAUCCAAAUCAGCAUGCAGAAUACAGCCAAGCAACAAAACUUAAAACCCCAACUAGCACAACACCAUCUAUUGCCACAGCAUUUGAGAGAGUUAAAAAAUUUGCCAACGAUAGUGCCAAAGCACAAGACAUUACAGAAAAACUUAUCGAAUUUAUUGCCUUAGAUGAUCAGCCAUUUUCUGUUGUGGAGGACAUUGGGUUUCGCAGGCUUCUUGGACAUAUUGAGCCACGUUACACACUGCCAAGCAGACGCUAUCUUGCUGAAACCUGUCUACCGAAAAUGUUUGACCGUAUUGCAAAACACAUUCAUGAGCUGAUGUCCACAGACAUUCCAGCCAUAAGUUUUACCACCGACAUUUGGAGCUCAGACGUGAGCCCAACCAGCCUGCUUAGUUUAACAGCGCAGUGGAUAGACACAGAUUUUAAUCUGAAAAAUAUCUUGCUUCACGCACAAAAGUUUGUUGGGUCACACACUGCAGCAGCAAUAUCAGAAACAUUAGAAACCAUGCUUGAAACUUGGCACAUUGAUAAAUCUAAAGUUCAUCUGAUUGUUCGAGAUAAUGCACGGAACAUGGUAAAAGCAAUGGAGAAUAGUGGAAUCCAGAGUAUACCAUGCAUGGCACACACGCUGCAGUUAGCUGUGAAUGAGGGAGUGCUGAGUCAGCGGAGCAUAUCAGAAAUAACAGCAACAGGGAGGAAAAUUGUAGGUCACUUUAAGCAUUCAAUACUUGCUUAUUCCAGAUUACAAGACGUGCAAGUACAGUUUGGAAUGCCACCCACACGACUGCAGCAAGAUGUAGCCACUCGCUUAAACAGCACAUACUACAUGUUGGAAAGUCUAAUUGACCUAAAGAGAGUCUUGGCUGCAUACAUGUCCGAUCACGAACUGCCAGUAACAUUGAGUUCACAUCAAUGGAUGCUAAUGGAAAACAUUGUUUCUCUUCUUGCUCCAUUUGAACAGUUAACCAAGGAAAUAAGUUCAAGUAAUGCAUCUGUUGCUGAAGUUAUUACUUUGAUUACAGCACUGAAGCGUCUGCUAGCAAAAGAGGCGCAAACUGAUGAUGGUGUAAAAACAGCUAAAAAAAACCUUAUUGCAGGCUGUUAACACACGAUUUGAAGACAUUGAGUGCAACCCUCUGUACUCAAUUGCAACAGUACUAGAUCCCAGAUUUAAAGAUCACUAUUUUGAUGUGGAGAAAAAGCAGCGUGCAAUUGAAAUUAUACAGGCACAAUUGGAGGUGAUGAAAACAUCUGGUGAAGCAGACCCAACAUGCAGCACAGAGGUACCGGAGAAACGGUCUCGUACAAGUGACAAGGAGCCCACUCCCUCACUUUCUGACAUGUUUGAUGAAAUCCUACAGGAAAUUACCCCAAUCCACAGCAGUGACCCAUCAAGUGCAGCUACACAACAGCUGGAGAUUUAUCUAUCCGAACAACCUAUUGCCAGAAGUAGCAAUCCCCUUGACUACUGGUGCAUGAACAAGAACCGAUUUCCAUUCCUUGCACUGAUUGCACGCAGAUAUUAAUCUGCCCCAAGCACCAGCACAGAGAGUGAGAGACUGUUCAGUGCUGCAUCCCACAUUCUCGAUGAGAAGAGAAACCGUCUCUCUUCCCAGAAAGUUGAACUACUUUUGUUCUUGAAGAGAAAUAUGCCACUUUUACUGAAGUAAAAAAACGCAUUCCAAUUUGCUAAUUAUUUGCAUUAAAAUUAUUAUGCAGCCAGCCAUGUUACUUCAGGCUACAUGUGUUGUUUACAAUUUAAUGUUGAUUUCAGUUCUUUAUUACUAUUUUGCACUAUGAUGUUUUCUUAAACUAGUUUAUAACUUAAUGAGACAGCUGUCUCAUUUUAAAACAAAAUUGAAUAAAACCACUUUUUUUUUGGCUUCUACUUACCAGCCACUGGUCUUUUCCCCCACAUCUUAGUCACAUUCCAAGGAAUGCAAAAAGGCAGCACCCCCCUGAUACAAGGAGAUUACUCUCUGAUGGUUCUUUUGGGAUUCCAAUUUCCCUAAAAUGCGACCAAGAUAAAGGUGUACCCAGUAGUUGGUAAAUAUAAGCAUAAAAAUUAAGGAUUUAUUUUGGUUUUAAAAAUGAGACCGCUUUCUCAUUCAGUUAUUAAACUACUGAAUGAGACAAUUGUUUCAGUUGAUGUUUUGAAGGUAUGCAUGUCCCUUUAAAGUGGAAUAAAUAGUAAAUACAAUGGUAUUUUGCUCUUUUACACUGAAACAAAUUAAAAUCUAGAGCUGCUGUUUGAAUUUAUUAGUGGAUUUGUUGUUACUGUUUUGCAACAAUAGUUUUAUAUAUUAAUAUAUAUGUAUUUGUGUCCAAUUUUGGGGUGCUAUU